AUGUCUACCUUACUAGUAGUGACCUUGGCACUGAUCGGUGUGGCGUUGCUCUCGAAUUAUUGUGUCAUUUUUUGGCGCUUUCUACCCAAAUAUAAUACUCCCACUCUUUCAGUUGCUGCUGUAGAGGUAUUUCACAAUGACACUUCCUCCAAACCGGUUAUUACUAGUAGUAUGAAAGAUCCAAAUAAUAAUAAUUGGUGUCAAUCAUCGCUAGACUACCUAAAGGGCACGUGGGUCUAUGACGACAAUAAUAAUUCCACGGAUCUGGCUUACGCCUACUUGACGGAUCAGGAAGAGUGGGCACCUCGUUGUAACGAGUUGCAAACUGCCUAUCUCCAAAGUGGCAAUCAGAGUCAGUUAGUGCCACAAUUCUUGCGAUACAAGUGGCAACCCAACUCUUGCAAUUUGGACCAUGUCUGGGACCGGGAGAAAUUUUGUCGCACUCUGGACGGCAAGACGAUUGGCAUUUCGGGAGAUUCCAUGUCGCUCCAACUGGCCAAUUCCAUCAUGGGCUUGUCAUUGGGAACUGUCGAGCAAGAGCAAUUCAUCACCAAACGACCCUUGGUGGAAGGAGAAGAAGGCUCCUGGCAGCUACGAGUUCCACUCUGUCCACAACAGUUCCAACAACAACAAAAGUACUCUGUAAACCUAGUCUUUCAUCGCUGGAACGCAUACAAGGGACGGGAGCAAGACCGACAAGCUUUGGGAGAACUCCUACAGGAAUCAGACUACCUCAUUUUAAACUGGGGACUGCAUCCCACGACACCGACAAAUCCUCUGGCGACGGCCAUGGACGAUUUGGCGGAAUUCCUCCAUGCCAACUGGAAGCCACCGCAGAAGAAACCGGAACGACUCUUUUGGAGGUCUACCGUCGUGGCGCAUGGCAAAUGCAGUAAAUAUGAUGCGCCCAUCAAGCUCAAGAAAUACGACUAUCAUUACAUGAAACUAAUGGGGUUCAUUCAUAAAGCCUACGAUGGGCAUAUCAUUUUGAAACACGAUGACCAAAUCGUAAAACCCAAGCUGUUGGCCAAGCUUCCCAACAUGACCAUUCUCCGAGUGGAACAAAUGACAAUGAGUCGGAUUGAUGGACAUCGAGUGCAAGGUCGUAAUGGGGUAGAAGACUGUCUUCACUACUGUGAACCUGGACCCGUCGAUAGUUGGGCGCAGCUUUUCUACCAUCACGUUGUCACUCUGAACAUGUGA